UUUCAAUCAUCUCUUCUCUUCUCUCUUCUCCCAACAAACUAACCUUGAAUAGAAUUAAUUUCCCUCCGGCCUCCACACAUUGCCGGAGCUGGUGGCAUUUUCCGGCCACAUAAUGACGACUCGCCGCCCUGCCAAGGGCAGGAUACUGCCACAGUUCCUGCUGGUGGCAUUGGCCAUAUUGACAACUUCUAGUAUGGUGUCAGCUGAUCCUUAUGUAUACUCUUCUCCACCUCCUCCUUAUGUGUACAAGUCUCCCCCACCGCCGUCUCCAUCUCCACCACCACCUUAUGUAUAUAAGUCUCCACCCCCACCAUCACCAUCCCCUCCACCACCUUAUGUAUACAACUCUCCUCCACCGCCUUCUCCCUCUCCGCCACCUCCUUAUGUGUACAAGUCUCCACCACCACCAUCUCCUUCCCCACCACCUCCUUAUAUAUACAAGUCUCCACCACCACCAUCUCCAUCUCCAUCUCCACCACCUCCUUAUGUGUAUAAAUCUCCACCACCACCAUCACCAUCUCCACCACCUCCUUAUGUGUACAAAUCACCUCCACCACCUUCUCCUUCCCCACCACCACCUUAUGUGUACAAAUCACCUCCACCGCCUUCUCCAUCUCCACCACCACCGUACGUGUACAAAACACCACCACCACCUUCUCCUUCCCCACCACCUCCUUAUAUAUACAAGUCUCCACCACCACCAUCUCCAUCUCCACCACCUCCUUAUGUGUAUAAGUCUCCACCACCACCAUCACCAUCUCCACCACCUCCUUAUGUGUACAAAUCACCUCCACCACUUUCUCCUUCCCCACCACCACCUUAUGUGUACAAAUCACCUCCACCGCCUUCUCCAUCUCCACCACCACCGUACGUGUACAAAUCACCACCACCACCUUCUCCUUCCCCACCUCCACCUUAUAUCUACAAGUCACCACCACCACCUUCUCCUUCCCCUCCACCACCCUAUGUCUACAUGUCUCCUCCACCACCCUCCCCCUCACCACCACCACCCUACUACUACAAAUCCCCUCCACCACCCAUGAAGUCCCCACCACCGCCUUACCACUACGUCUCUCCACCACCACCGGAGAAGUCUCCUCCUCCACCAUACUACUAUACUUCUCCUCCGCCGCCGGUGCCACACCAUGCCUUGGUAGUUAAGGUGACCGGAAAAGUGUACUGUUACAAGUGCUACGAUUGGACGCACCCAGAGAAGUCCCAUAACAUGAAACAUCUCCAAGGCGCUGUGGUGGAAGUUACAUGCAAAGAAGGCGACAAAGAAAUUGUUGCAUAUGGCAAAACAAAGAUGAAUGGAAAAUACAGCAUUGGUGUUGAGGGAUUUGAAUAUGGCAAAUAUGGUGCAAAGGCUUGCAAGGCUAAGCUUCAUGCUCCACCUAAGGAUUCUAAGUGUAGCAUUCCCACUGAUCUUCAUUGGGGAAUUAGGGGAGCCCAGCUUAGAGUGAAGUCCAAAAAUUACUAUGAAGUUGUCUUGUAUGCUAAGCCUUUUGCUUAUGCAUCCAAGACUCCUUAUGGGGAAUGUUCCAAGCCUAAGCCCACUCCGGCUCCUUACUACUAUAAAUCACCACCACCUCCCACUCCAAUUUAUGUUUAUAAGUCUCCACCACCACCUCCUUAUGUAUACAAAUCCCCGCCACCUCCGGCACCGACUUAUGUUUACAAGUCCCCACCUCCGCCACCAUAUGUUUACAAAUCACCACCGCCACCACCAUAUGUGUACAAGUCUCCACCACCACCUCCAUACGUCUACAAAUCACCACCUCCUCCAUCGCCGUCUCCUCCACCUCCCUACGUCUACAAAUCACCCCCUCCACCAUCGCCGUCUCCUCCACCUCCCUACGUUUACAAAUCCCCCCCACCACCAUCGCCGUCUCCUCCACCACCUUACGUCUACAAAUCACCACCCCCACCAUCCCCGUCUCCCCCUCCUCCAUACGUCUACAAAUCACCACCUCCACCAUCCCCCUCUCCUCCACCUCCAUACGUCUACAAAUCACCCCCUCCACCAUCGCCGCCUCCUCCACUUCCAUACGUCUACAAAUCACCGCCUCCUCCAUCGCCGUCUCCUCCUCCUCCAUACGUCUACAAAUCCCCGCCUCUACCAUCCCCAUCUCCUCCUCCUCCAUACGUCUACAAAUCCCCGCCUCCUCCAUCCCCAUCUCCUCCUCCUCCAUACGUCUACAAAUCCCCGCCUCCACCAUCCCCAUCUCCUCCUCCUCCAUACGUCUACAAAUCCCCGCCUCCUCCAUCCCCAUCUCCUCCUCCUCCAUACGUCUACAAAUCCCCGCCUCCACCAUCCCCAUCUCCUCCUCCUCCAUACGUCUACAAAUCACCGCCUCCUCCAUCCCCUUCUCCUCCUCCUCCAUACGUCUACAAAUCCCCGCCUCCACCAUCGCCAUCUCCUCCUCCUCCAUACGUCUACAAAUCACCCCCUCCACCAUCCCCAUCUCCUCCUCCUCCAUACGUCUACAAAUCCCCGCCUCCUCCAUCCCCAUCUCCUCCUCCUCCUCCUCCAUACGUCUACAAAUCACCGCCUCCUCCAUCCCCUUCUCCUCCUCCUCCAUACGUCUACAAAUCCCCGCCUCCACCAUCCCCAUCUCCUCCUCCUCCAUACGUCUACAAAUCACCGCCUCCUCCAUACGUCUACAAAUCACCGCCUCCUCCAUCGCCAUCUCCCCCACCUCCCUACAUCUACAAGUCUCCCCCUCCUCCUUCACCAUCACCUCCACCUCCAUACUACUACACAUCACCACCCCCACCCGUGAAGUCACCUCCACCACCGGCAUACAUCUACGCCUCUCCUCCUCCCCCAACACACUAUUAAGCUUCACAUCAUUUGUUACUCCACUCGAGCAUCCUUCAUCCAAUCUACGGUACCAAAUAAAAGAAGGUUUCUCGAGGAUGGUGACGAUCUAUGAUUUUUCAUCUAUUUUUUUGAAUAAGGCCCGACAUGCAGUGGAAAGCUUCUCACUUUGCAUGUUGAACCAGUUUGCAUCUGCUUAUUUUCCUAUUUUAUUACAUAUUAUUCUCAUUGUAUCUCCAACUCAAAGAUGGGACAUUUGCUUCGUCGACAAGAUCUACUCACUGAAGUCACAGCUUCAUCGACGACUCCAAAUAUCAUUACUUCAAAUUGUUCUUUCACAUUUUUUCUCUGUAUAGUGGUUAAUUGGCCUUGUUUUUUAACUAUUAAUUAAAUUCAUAUUGUUUCUUUC